CCUUUGGCUCGGGUUCCCUGCCCCUCCCCCUUCCCGGAGCCCCGAGGGGCCGGAGCUCCUGGCGGUGCCGGAUCCUGACGGUGGCCUUCCCCCGGGUCUGUAAGUGCGGAGGCGGCCGGAGCGCCGGGUCUGCCAAAAUGUCUGAAAGAUCAGAUCUCCUUCACUUCAAGUUUGAAAAUUAUGGAGAUUCAAUGUUACAAAAAAUGAACAAAUUAAGAGAAGAGAAUAAAUUUUGUGAUGUUACAGUUCUCAUAGAUGAUAUUGAGGUACAGGGGCAUAAAAUUGUGUUUGCUGCAGGUUCCCCCUUCUUAAGAGACCAGUUUUUACUGAACGAUUCGAGAGAGGUGAAAAUCUCCAUAUUGCAGAGUUCCGAAGUGGGGAGACAAUUGCUCUUGUCGUGUUAUAGUGGUGUGCUGGAAUUCCCUGAGAUGGAACUGGUCAAUUACUUGACCGCUGCGAGUUUUCUUCAGAUGAGUCACAUUGUAGAACGGUGCACGCAGGCCUUGUGGAAGUUUAUAAAGCCAAAACAGCCAAUGGAAAGUAAAGAGGGAUGUGAACCACAGAGUGCUUCUCCCCAGUCGAAAGAACACCAGGGGGAUGCCAGAGGCUCCCCAAAGCAGGACUCACCUUGUAUUCACCCAUCUGAAGACAGUAUGGAUAUAGAGGACAGUGAUAUUCAGAUCGUUAAGGUAGAAUCUAUUGGGGAUGUAUCAGAGGUUAGAAGUAAAAAAGAUCAGAACCAGUUUAUUUCUUCUGAACCCACUGCUUUACAUUCAUCCGAGCCCCAGCACUCUCUGAUAAAUUCAACUGUGGAAAACAGAGUAAGUGAAAUAGAGCAAAACCAUCUCCACAAUUAUGCCCUCUCUUACACAGGCAGUGAUAACAUCAUCAUGGCCGCGAAAGAUGUCUUUGGGCCUAAUAUUCGAGGUGUAGACAAAGGCCUGCAGUGGCAUCACCAGUGCCCAAAGUGUACCAGGGUGUUUCGUCACCUGGAGAACUACGCCAACCAUUUAAAAAUGCACAAACUCUUUAUGUGUCUACUCUGCGGCAAGACUUUUACUCAGAAAGGCAACCUUCAUCGACACAUGCGUGUGCAUGCCGGCAUUAAACCUUUCCAGUGUAAAAUCUGUGGGAAAACCUUUUCUCAGAAGUGUUCCUUACAGGAUCAUCUUAACCUUCACAGUGGAGAUAAGCCCCAUAAGUGUAACUAUUGUGACAUGGUUUUUGCACAUAAGCCAGUUUUGAGGAAGCACCUUAAACAGCUGCAUGGCAAAAACAGCUUUGAUAAUGCCAAUGAAAGAAAUGUGCAAGACCUCACUGUGGACUUUGAUUCUUUUGCGUGUACAACAGUCACAGACUCUAAAGGGUGUCAGCCGCAGCCUGAUGCGACACAGGUCCUGGAUGCAGGUAAACUGGCCCAAGCUGUCCUGAACUUAAGGAACGAUAGCACUUGCGUGAAUUAAAUAGGGCCUUUGUGCUCCUAACUAGAACUGACUACAAACGUGGCAAUAGUCUGAGUCUUCUUAGGAGUCAUUUCGCUAAUUUGACGUCUCCAGAUCCUCUGUGCAGGUCGUAGGGGUGAGUCAAAGCACUAACAGACCAGGCAACUUGCCACUUGGAGUGGUCUUGCCUGCCUUUUGCCCUUUCCCAUGUUCUGUUUUGAAUUAUUUAUCCUGUGAUGUCUGUUUUCCUUUCCCAAGGAGUACUCCAUUUGUCUACCUAACAUCAACUUAUGUCUUAGACUGACACUAUUUUAGACUUUCCACUGGGCACAUUCUGAAGGUACCAAGAAGUUAAUAACAUCACCUCCACUCCACCAAUAGAUGCUAUGCUAAGAGAAGCAAGUAAUCUUUUUCUUUGGUAGGAAAUAAGCUGAGAUAUAAGGUGAUAUUGCUAUCAGCCUGAAUAUGUGAUAGAACUUCUAGUUCUAUCAGAACCACUGAUAAUUCAUCUAUGUCUGAUAAAUGAAUGAAUCUACUUAUCCUGGAGCUGGCUAUAAAGAAGUAUUUUAGAUUAUUCUGUGCUCUUUUCAACAGUUUAUGGGCCAGCUUCAUGUGAUUGAAGUUGACAUAGACCAGAGUACAGUAUUUCCCUUAAUACCUGCAGAUAGGAAUCAUCAUUGAGGAGCAUAACCAACAAAGGGUAGUAGUUGUACAACAGUACUUAUUUGGGAGGUCUUCUCCCGAAAGAAGUCAAAUGCUUAUAAUUAUUCUGUAGCUUACUUGGUGAUGCUUUUGGAAUCAGGAUUGCUCCAGGUACAGUUUAAGUGUGCUAACAUAUAAUGGUCUCUCUAAAAAGGGGCUAUCUGGAGUCAGUCUCUAGAAUUUGUUAUAGAAGUUUGCUAUUGCUAAGGUGAGUUUGGCCUUCAGAGUUUUGUCCAGUAUAUUGUAAUAGUCUUUGAAUUCUCAUUUCCUUGUGUACCUUAAUUUCUAAAGUGGAUGAAAAAAGUGGGUCACAGAAGGAGCAGUCAGAGUUUUGCAUUUAGUUGUUCCUAUAAUGGUACACAGUCCCACCUCAUCCCCUUUGACAGAUCAAAUACAAAGUUGACUUUCAGUUAUGGAAAAACAAAACAACUGUUUUUCCUAAACACAUGUUCAGAAAUAAAAUUUUGAGUCUUACUCGUUUCUGAACCAUGAGUUAGAUUUAGAUAAUAGGAGUGUCUGAGUCCAUAGAGAAUCUUAAGAAAUCAUUUAGCCUGCCUCUCUUUUUUUAAGUUGGGGUAUCCAAAGCCCAAAGAGGUAGCCUGGCCAAGGUUGGCCACAGUAGACUAAGUAGGCUAAAUAUGAGCUAAGGUCUCCUCACUUCUCACUGUCCCUUGGCUUAAAAAGAUUUAGUACAUGAUCAAGAACACUUUAGCAAAAAGUUCCUAGUUUGUGCUUUCUCUCUGUGCAUCCCUGUUUGCUUUCUAAGACAGCCUCGAUUUUGCAAACAGAACAGUCAUAGAAGGAUUUAUUUUUGUAAGGUAAUUAUUUUUUGGUUAGGAUGAAUAUUACAUUCUUCGUAAGCAAGCAACUGAUUUGCUGGGUGUUGAUUAGGAAUAGAAAGGACAAGUAACAAUGUGAGAAGGAUCCAAAUGUGAAACUAAUUUUGUCUGGAAACAGUGUAUAUUUUCCGUCAGGAUUUCCUGGUUUUUGUUUCUGAACUGUGAGAGUCCAUGUAUAGAUGAACCAAAAAUUAAUUUUGAGUAGUCAGAGGGUAUUCUUAAAGUUGUUAUAAUUUGAUGCAUUUACAUGUGAAUCUGAUUUGAAGUAUAAUUUCUACCAUUUGUUAAAAGGUUUUAAAUGAGAAUAAAAUGGAGUGGUAAGACUAAUAGGUAUCUUAUGCCUAAUGUCACUCAUUAUAUGAUCUAAUGAUGCUACCUAGCAUUCUGGUUUUUAUAUGAUCCAGCCAAAGAGUACCAAUUCUAUGCAAUAGUGAGACACUAAUAUGUUAACCAAUGUUUCACUCUUUUCUCUAAACAUCAUUUUAUCACAGGGAACUUUCAAGUUGGGGGUGCUUGCUUUGCGUAAAUUCAUGUCUUGUUUUGUUACAGAGUUGAAGACUAAAAGGCAUGGCUUCAAAUAAAAUUGGUCUCUUUGGUUGGAGACUAUUUCUGGAUUCAUUCAGGCAUUCAGGAGACAUUUAUUGAACACAUAUUAUUGUUAGGCACUAUGCUAGAUACUGAGAAUUUGAAGAUAAGAUUGUUACGGUCUCUGCCCUCACAGAGCUUACAGUCUCAUGUAGUCUUAGUGAGAUAAGGUAUCAAUUUGGUUUUAUCCUAGGAAGAAUAAAGAAAACUGCCUUGCUUUCUUUGAUCACUUAAAAUCAGCCUCUUUAUGGUUUUAUAUGAGUAAAACUUGUAGUUCUCACCUUUUUCAAUUGCAAACCACUGAAGUGGUUUACAGUCUCCCCUAUUUCUUGGCUGGAGAGAUGUUCUGUUUCUGUGAGACAUUUUCUUAAUUUUGGUGGUACUUGACUUUUUGUUUAUACAUGUUUCUUAGAUUAUAUGCAAAGUGAUCAAUUUACUGAUAUCGAAUAUGUUUUACAGAGGAAGAUGACUUUCAAAACUAGUUGUAUUCUUGUAGUGGAGGAAGAUUUUUUAAAGCCUUAGACAUUCAGCAUUUGUGUUUUAUGGAUCCCCAGGAUAACUAAAAACGAGAGGGUUCUGUUUUCCUUUGUUUGGUUUUUUAAAAAAUCACUGUGUCACAGUUAUUUAUUUAUUAUUUAAUUUUAAAGGCAAACUCCAAACUGAAGUGGCUCUGAGGUAAAUCAGAUGUGGUUUUAAUUUGUUUUAGUUUAUUAGAAGAUCUAUAAAUGGAGGGUGAUCACCAUCACUACUUAUAAAAUAAUAUCCUAAACAAACAACCCAGAACAUUUUAUUUCAGCUGGUGAAUAGCUGUUCUAAAUCUGUUGUAUGUUAGACAUACUGUGAACUACCUCUUCACUUAUUAUGGGGAAGUUUCCUUAAUAAAAGUGUGACAAUUUAAA